AUGUUAUCAUUCCGAAAAAUAAUUCUUUCCUGGCCAUCUCCAGGGCACAAUAAAUUAUUUCUUUUUAAUUUAGCCUUUCUUUCAUUCUUUCUUUUGAAAAUAUUUUUCUUCAUUAUCACAUUUUGUUUAGCUCUCCUUUCUUUCCUGCUUUCCUUCUUUUUCUUUCUUUCGUUUUUUUUAUUCUCAAUUUUGAAAAGGUUCUUUGCUUUCUUUGCAUUAUUUUGUUUUCAUCUUCUUUCUUUCUUUCUUUCUUUCUUCUUUUCUUUCUUUUCUUUCUUUUCUUUUUACUUUCAUUCUUUUAAAAAUAUUCUUUCUUUUCACCGUAUUUUCAAUUUUUUGUUUCUCUCUUCUUUCUUCUUUCUUUGUCUUUCUUUCUUUCUUUCUUUCUUCUUUUCUUUCUUUUCUUUAUUUUCUUUUUACUUUCAUUCUUUUAAAAAUAUUCUUUCUUUUCACCGUAUUUUCAAUUUUUUGUUUUUCGCUUCUUUCUUCUUUCUUUGUCUUUCUUUCUUUCUUUCUUUCUUUCUUUCUUUCUUUCUUUCUGAAAUGUUUUAUCUUUACUCCGCACUCCAUUCUUUCUUUCUUUCUUUCUUUCUUUCUUUCUUUCUUUCUUUCUUUCUUGUUUCGUUCAAUCCAAAGAAUUUUCAAAAUUUUGACUUUAAGCUCUUUCUUUCAACUAUUAUUUUCAUUCCGCUAAUCUUCAUCUUCCUAGCUUUCUCCUUUCUCAUUCAUUUUAUUUUUAUUUUUCUCUAUUUUUUCAUCCAUCUGCAAUGUUCCCGCCAUCUUUCUUCCUAUCCCCUCCCACUUUCAUUCACGCUUUUUCUUUUAUCUUCUUCUUUAUUUUCUAUUUUUUUUCUUCUACACAGAUUUCUAUUUUUCUUUCUUCCUUCCUUUCUGCUCUUGAAUUAUUCAAGUUUCCCACUUUUUCCUUUUUUUUCAUCAUCCAUCCAAUUCCCGUUUUUCUUCUUUUGCAUAUUUUUUUUUCUCUUUCGGUCAUUAUUCUUUUCUUCUUCUAUCGUCGUUUGUGUUUUUUUUUUUCUUUUUAUCUAUAGUGGAUCCUACCACAACAAUUUCAUAUUUCUUUACUACACUUUUCAUUCGCCUUCUAUUCCGCCCGCUUCUUUCUCUCAAUCUUCUUCUUGGUUUUUAUUAUUUUCUACUUCUUCUUUUCUUUUUCUCUCUUCUUCCUUUUUUCUUGUAUUUCGUAUUCACUUAUUCUUUCUAUUUUUUAUUUUCGUCCAUCUUUGUUCUGAAUACUUCGUCUCUCUUGGUUCAUUGUAUUUAUAUAAUCAUUUUAUCCUUCACCUACCCUUUAUGCUUUUACUUCUUCCUUAUUCAAUAACAUUUCAUUUAUCCUUCCUUUCUGAUCCUUCUUUCUCACUUUUUUCAUCAUUUUUUUUUAUUUUACUUGCUCUAUCCUUCUCCAAAACGAUCUGUACUCUUCUUCUUCUUUUUCUUCUUUCUUUCUUUCUUUCUUUCUUUUUCUUUCUUUCUUUCUUUUGUUAUUUUUGUGAUCUUCUUCUCUUUCCAUUUCCCACCCUUCUCUUCUAUGUUUUCCUGAAACAUCCACCAGCCCACUUUACUACACUUCAUUCUUUCUUCCUUCCUAACUCUUCCUUAUUUCUUUCUCUCUAA